UAGUCCGUAUGUACAGUGGUUUACAUUUUCCUACGUCAAUUAGGAAACCUUUGUCUAGUACGAGAGAAUGUGGAAAGUCAAAGAGCGCUUGAGUUACAGGCUUUGCUAAUCACCAUCCGAAACCCGAACCCACUGGUCAUUAUGAAAGAAAAGAAUUGCAAAUGCAAACGCAAAUCCAAAUCGAAACCCAUUUGGCUUAUCACACAGUGAAUAUAUAUAAAUACUUGACGCUGGCAGCUGCCAAAGUCGCCAUGCCAUAAGCCUUUCAUCUGAUUACACGCCAUACUUCCUUUGUUUUUUGUUUUAAAGAUGCUGAGUGAUUGUGAAGUAUGGCAACCAGAAGAUACAGAACUCAACCAAUUUUACGACAAUUCCUCAGCAGAACCCCAUUUCGUGAUCGACUUUUAUGCUUACAUUGAUGAAAGAUUGCAGUUUGGAAGGUUCAGUCCGCAGUGCCAUCGUUUGACAGAUAAUAGGACAUCCUGGUCUGAAAUAUCCUUCAUGCUUUCUCAGGUGGGGGUUCCCCAUCAUGUUCAGCCAUUAAUGAUCCAAAAGAUCUCCACUGAUGCUCAGGAGAUAGCAAAUGAUCCUAGUAACAUGUACCUCAAGACUAUUCCGAUGGUAGUCUAUCUUAGAGUACCUCAAGACAGAUCACCUGAAUUCCCUGUCCCUGAGUUAAGGUUUGUCUUCACCAGUAAGUCAGCAAUAGAGGAGAUCCUUGAGUCGAGGGUGAAAAUUGAAGGUUGCGAAGAGCAAUGCAUAAUAUGUUUGGAUGAGAUUCCGAUAGGGGGUGAAGCCCCACGUAUGCCAUGUUCGCAUGUGUUUCAUGACAGUUGUAUAGUGGCUUGGCUGGAGAAGAGCAAUCUUUGCCCAUUGUGUCGAUUUGAGAUUUGA